AAAUGUCAACAAACCGUAAGCGCAGUGCUACCAACAUGCCGCGCCGACAGACUGAAGUUUCCUCUUUCCGGCUUACGCCAUUGUCAAACACAGACGUGUAAAAUAUAAAUAACACCAUGUCUGAAGUCGAAGCGUUCGAUAACUUCGAGGAGGAACAGCCCCAGGUCUUCGAGCAGGCUCCGGUUGUGCAGCCUGCGGAACUUCCGGACAUCAAGCUGUUCGGGCGCUGGAGCAGCGAUGACAUCCACAUUUCGGACAUUUCCGUGUCGGAUUACAUUGCCGUCAAGGAGAAGCACGCCAAAUAUCUGCCGCAUUCGGCUGGCCGUUAUGCCGCCAAGCGUUUCCGCAAGGCCCAGUGCCCGAUUGUGGAGCGUUUGACCAACUCGCUGAUGAUGAAGGGCCGCAACAACGGCAAGAAGCUGAAGGCCGUCCGCAUUGUGCGCCACGCCUUCGAGAUCAUGCAUCUGCUGACCGGAGAAAACCCACUGCAGAUCGUCGUCCAGGCCAUCAUCAACUCCGGCCCACGAGAAGACUCGACCCGUAUCGGUCGUGCCGGAACCGUCCGUCGUCAGGCCGUUGACGUGUCGCCCCUGCGUCGUGUCAACCAGGCUAUCUGGCUGCUGUGCACUGGAGCCCGCGAAGCUGCAUUCCGUAACAUUAAGACAAUCGCCGAAUGCUUGGCUGAUGAGCUGAUCAACGCUGCUAAGGGAUCCUCCAACUCGUACGCCAUCAAGAAGAAGGACGAACUGGAACGUGUGGCCAAGUCCAACCGAUAAGGUGUGCACUCACCCGUGUGUGUAUGUGGGCGUGCUCGCGUGCGCCCUCUCUGGGUGGUGUGGCUGGUACCCUACUGUUCGCAUUACCAUUGUAACUAAGGAAAAUAGGCACUCGGUUGCGAAACCAAGAACGUGAAUAAAAAAAUGAAAAACUGAAAAUUGAA